AUGGCAGUGCAAGCAGGCGCAGGCUUCACUCCCAUCCACCACUUCACCGACCUUCAGCCGGAGCCGCCGGCGACGCUGCUAGGUCAAGGCUUCGUCCCACCGGACUUCAGCACGGGUGGGAUCCGCGCUCUGCUGGCGAGACUAGUGAAGCAGACGGACUCGAUGCAGAAAGCUGCCAGCUUCGGAGAGCAGGCUCUCGUUGCGGCUGGUGCUGCUGCAGAGCAGGCGGCCCGCCACGCAGACCGUGCCUUCCGGCUGCCGGCGGCGGAGCCUGGAACAGAGGCCAUGGGUGAGUUCGAAGGCUUCUUGCCGCCAAGGUGGUGGAUCACAUACGGCCGGAAAGCUAUGGGGAGUUGCCAUGUGCUCCUUCCACUGGCCUGCGUCCAUGAAAGCGCGCCCCUUCGGCUGGGUUCUUCUCGAAGCCGCAGGAGGGACACCCGGCAAGUAGGUGGAUUUCUUUGA